AUGGCGACAUUUGCACUCAAAUCCUUCACCGGACUUCGUCAAUCUUCAACGGAGCAAACCAACUUCGUCUCCCAUGUUCCGUCGUCGCUCUCUCGCUCUCAGCGAAGAAGCUCUCUCCGAGUAACCGCGGCCAGAUCCAGCCCCAAGCUCGCCAACCGUAAUCUCCGCGUCGCCGUCAUCGGUGGAGGUCCGGCGGGAGGAGCAGCCGCCGAGACUCUAGCCCAAGGAGGCAUCGAGACGAUUCUCAUCGAGAGGAAGAUGGACAACUGUAAGCCAUGCGGAGGCGCGAUUCCUCUCUGUAUGGUCGGAGAAUUCAAUCUGCCGUUGGAUAUCAUCGAUCGGAGGGUGACGAAGAUGAAGAUGAUCUCGCCUUCGAACAUCGCCGUCGACAUUGGCCGUACGCUUAAGCAGCACGAGUACAUCGGUAUGGUGAGGCGUGAGGUCCUCGACGCGUACCUGAGAGAGCGAGCGGAGAAGAACGGAGCCACCGUCAUCAACGGCCUCUUCCUCAAGAUGGAUCUGCCGGAGAAUUGGGACUCUCCUUACACUCUGCAUUACACCGAGUACGACGGGAAAACAGGAUCCACAGGAACGAAGAAGACGAUGGAGGUCGACGCCGUGAUCGGAGCUGACGGAGCUAACUCUAGGGUUGCGAAAUCCAUCGGCGCCGGCGAUUACGACUACGCAAUCGCAUUUCAGGAGAGAAUUAGGAUUCCGGAUGAGAAAAUGACUUACUAUGAGGAUUUAGCUGAGAUGUACGUCGGAGACGACGUGUCGCCGGAUUUCUACGGAUGGGUUUUCCCGAAAUGCGACCACGUGGCGGUUGGUACAGGCACUGUGACUCACAAAGGUGACAUCAAGAAGUUCCAGCUCGCGACGAGGAACAGAGCCAAAGACAAGAUCUUGGGAGGGAAGAUCAUCCGCGUGGAGGCUCACCCGAUCCCGGAGCAUCCACGACCUAAGAGGCUCUCGAAACGUGUGGCUCUCGUUGGCGAUGCUGCUGGUUACGUGACGAAAUGCUCCGGCGAAGGUAUCUACUUCGCUGCAAAGAGUGGACGGAUGUGUGCUGAAGCCAUUGUUGAAGGCUCACAGAAUGGUAAGAAGAUGAUUGACGAAGGGGAUUUGAGGAAGUACUUGGAGAAAUGGGACAAGACGUACUUGCCUACGUACAGGGUGCUUGAUGUGUUGCAGAAGGUGUUUUACAGAUCGAAUCCGGCGAGAGAAGCGUUUGUGGAGAUGUGCGGUGACGAGUAUGUGCAGAAGAUGACGUUUGAUAGUUAUCUGUACAAGAGAGUCGCUCCGGGAAACCCAUUGGAGGAUCUGAAGUUGGCUGUGAACACCAUUGGAAGUUUGGUUAGAGCUAAUGCUCUUAGGAGAGAGAUUGAGAAGCUCAGUGUUUAA